AUGAAUAUGAAUAUGGACACAACAGGAUCGAACGAUUACGGUGCAGGGGACGUCGGAUCCUCCAGUACCGGCGCGGAGGGAAGUUCUCGCCCGAGCUCCCCCGCGUCAUUAUCCGACAAUCGGGUAGACGCCGUGGUGGACCACCAGGCCACGGCUCUCGGUAUGCCAACUGGCGAAGAGGUGUCAGGGGCAGGCACUAUGUCUGCUCCUGCAUCUGUGAGCGGGAGGAGGGGACGAGGAGUCCGAGCCGCUGCCUCGGGAUCGUCUAGCGCCUCGCGGGCACCCAUUAGCGACGACGACGAAUCGGACGACUCGGAAGCGUCGACGUCCACGGUGUCGGCGGCGUGGGUUUAUUGCGACGCCGUCGGCCCGGGCGCCGCGAACGAGGCGACGACGGGGCGGAAGCGAGGUCGGCCCCUCACUACGGGGGUAUAUGUCGGCCUCGCCGAAGCCAAAAAGCGGCUCCUAGAGCUCAAGCGCCAGGAGCUAGAGCUCUACGACGAGGCGGCGGUGGUGGACCCCACGGUUCCGCCACCACGCGUGUCCCAAUCGUGCAAGCCGCUCCGGGACGAGGCGAGGGUGGCCGCAGAAAUGUGGCAUGCCCCCACGCCCGAUCUCGUGGCGGUGAUCGCCGAGAAGGUAGCGGUGGUUGAGAAGGUGGCAGGGACCUCCAAACACCUUAAGGGGACCUACGUCCACUCGCUUCGGGAGGCAGCGUUGCUCAUCAGACACGCUGCCGCCGAACAAGCGAAGAGGACGGUGGCCUCCGAGAGGGAGGUCGAGUUCGAGCGCGAGGUCAGGCACCUGUGCGCUCGGCUCGAGGCCACGGAGGCGUUGUCGCGGGCACGCGACGACGGGCUGGCAGCAGGCGCGACUGGGGCUCCAACCCUAGACCCGGUCGCUGUGCCGCAGCCCCCGCCUACGGGGCCGCCCUCGCCACCUGGCUCGCGCCGCUCUCGGCGAGCCUCUGCACGCGCUGCCGCCGGCGUUGCGCAGGUGGAGCCAGCGCCGCCUCCGGCGCCGCUCUCUCCCCCGCGAGUGGAGGGCGAGGCGUUUUCCGGCGUGCCCGGCGAGUUGCCGGCCGCGGAGCGCCCGCCCGCCCGCGCGGAGAUAAAGAGGGUCGUGGAGAGGCACGUGGAGCGUCUCUUCGCGGCCUUCGAGGCGCGCUUCAUGGCGUGCCUUGACGGCCUGGGGGUCGGCGCUGUCCGGGAAGGGUCCCGACGCGCUGCUCCCCGCCCUUCCUCAGCCGCCCCGCCCGCCCGUUCUCGGUCGCGGCCGAGCGUCGCCGAUAGCGGCACUCGUGCCGCGGACGCGGGCGGUGCGGUUGCCGGCAAGCGGUGUAAGAGGAAGCGGGGAGGGAGGAAGAGGCGGAAGAAACCUCGGGCGCCGGCUGCGGAGGGACAGCCUCCGCCGCCGCCUCCGCCUGCGAGGCAGGCCCCGCCGCCACGACAGAAGCCGGCGGAAGGCGACCCACCACCUGAUGAGGGCCAUGCGUCAUGCUCCCAGGUGGUGGGCCGCAAGGAGCGCAAGAGGAAGGCCGCCGCCGCUGCUGCGCCAGCGCCGCCAAAGGCGGCGGUCGUCAAAACGCAGCAGGCGGCGCCUUCCUCUAGCAAACGCGAUGGGCCGUCGUCCCCCACGCGUGCCGAGGCGGGUAGCCAUUGCCCUUACGGUGGCCCCCGGCAGCAAGAUCCCGUACGCAGAAGUGAUGCGGCGGGCUGUUGCCGGGGUGCCCCUAGCGGAGAUCUGAAAAUCACCAUCAAGGCGGACGCUGCAGCAGCAGUAGCACCAAGCGUAGAUGCCAUGGUUGCCUCGCAGUAA